AUGAUUAAUUUACCUCUAGUUAGUCUACCAUCAGAUAACAGUGAAUUUGAUGUAUUUGAGAAACCUGAACAACAAACUUACCUAUUGACAUCUCAGGAAGAAGUCAAAGAAAAGAAAAGGACUCUUAAACUAAAUCCUGAUCUCUGGUUUGAAGAAAAUUUGGAAAAAACAAACUGUGAAACAUAUGAAAAAGAAAUUACAUGUAGAAAUUUGAAUUUAUUACGUUCUAUAUCUAAAUUUAUUGGGAAACAAAGACUAUUACUUAAGAAAUCAAGAGAGAGUGAUGUAAAGAUAGUAUCACAAUGUUUUUUAGAACUUCCAAGGGGUCCAAAUCAACUGGAGGAACCUGCUAUUAGUUGGGAUGUGGAUGAUGAUCAUCCAUUAAAAUCGAUCAUUUGUCCAGGACCUCCAAGUAGAUCUUGUUUAAGUAAUAAUUGGUAUCAUCGCAUAAAUUGGACAUCAAAACAUGUUUGGGAUAGAGAAAAAAAAUCUGAUAUUGUAUCUGAUAUAUCUGAUAAUAAAUUUAUUGACUGUGAUCUAAGACUUAUUCAUGAGUUAGGAUUAUUUUAUACUGCUUGUAGAAGCGGAGUAGUAGCCUUAUUACAUUGUCAUCCUUCUUUUAAUUAUGGAAUUUCAAAGUGUUUUUAUGAGAUUAAUAAGAAUUCAGAUGCAAAUUUAUGGAGUAUAUAUAAACCAGUAUUUAGUGAUGAUCGUGUGUUUAUAUUUGAUAGUAUUGUAUACACAAUUAUAUUUGGUAGUAAAAGUUAUGGUAUUACAAAGGAAAUGGCCAAAAGAAUUUAUAAUAAUGAAUUUAGAGCAAAAAAAGCACUAUGUGAAGUUCUUAUACAAAUAGGAAGUAAAUCAUUAUUUUCUUUUCCAGCUUGUUGCUUAAUAAAAUAUAUGGGUUACUCUGUAUUUUGUGAACCAUUAAUUCCAUUUAAUCCUAAACCAAAAAAUAUUAUAAAAGAUAUUAUAAAAUUUUGUAAAAAUAGAAAUUUAUAUGAUUCAAUUUUUGAUGCUGAUAGUGAAUUUAAUAAAUUAAAUUUAUCUAAUAAUAAUAAUGAUAUACCCAAAUUAACAAAUAAUUCAAAUAUAAAAAAUACUAUUUUUGAUGGAAUUUGGAAUUAUAAUAAUGAAUUAGCAAGUCAAAUGACUUUUAUAUCGAAACAAUUAAAUAUACAAGGUUGGCCAUUUCCUAUGGAAACAUCAGAUUUGACAUCUUUAUAUGGAAUCAAAUAUAAACCACAUAUUUGGCAACAUAGAUCAGAUGGUCUUUUUAUUAUAAGAAAUUGUGGAGAAAUGUUUCCAGUAUAUAUAGAUGAAAAUAAGGAAAUUAAUCUAUUUUCCCGUUUAAGGCAUGAAUUUCUUAUUACCUAUAAGGAAUCAUUAUUACCCUCAACACAAUCAAUACCACUUUUUUUUAAUACAGCUACAGGUGAUAUUAAAAGUAGCUAUUAUAUGGAUAAAGUUAAUAAUAAGUCAUGUGUAUCUAAGCUUAAUAUGUCAUCUAAAAAUUUUAGUAUGGAAUCUCGUCAUCAAUUACUUUGUGCUGCAAGCCAAUCAAUGAGACUAAAAUUUAUGUCUAAUCUGUUGCCAACAAUAAAUGAAUUAUAUACUAAUUUUUAUGAUCCUUGGGAAAUAACUGAAGUUUUACAUAAUUUUGGUAUUAAUUUACAUUAUGGUUUAGGGCAAUUAGUUCAAGAUAAUGUAAUAGAACCAUUACGUAGUAGUGCAAUUAGGGAAAUAUUUGCAAGGACAAUUAAGAGAUUAUGGGAAGAAGAAGUACAUCGAUAUUUUAAAAAUCAAAAUUUAGUAAAUGAAGAAACUAUUCAAAUUACUAUAGUAGAUUAUUUAAAUAAGAUUCUAUGUAAUACAGAUCAAUCUACAAUAUAUUGGAAUACAAAAAUUAUACCAUCAGCAAAUAAAAGGUUUAAUUUAAAUAAGUCAUCAAAAAUUCAAAAAUCUAGUGUAUUAUUACCUCCAUUAUUUCAUUCAAUUCAAUAUCAUUUAGGUGUACAAUUUCGCUCUUCAGUUAUUUCAAAAGAAGGAGUAUUGAUUUUACCUUUAAAAAUUGACGAUUUAUGUGAUUUUAGUGAAAUUAAUAUAAAUAUGAAUAUCCUUUUUCCUCAAGUAAAAUAUCUAAAAUAUACUUUGGCCCAUACUCAAAAAUUGAGGUUUAAAACAGUAGAUAAGUCAUUUGGAGAAUAUAUUUCAAAUAAAACAGAUUCAAAAGUAAAUAAUGAAAUUAGACAAAAAGUGUCACCACUAUUAAAGUAUUUAGAUUAUAAAGAAGUGAAUAAUCAAAGUCCAUCAAAAAUAACUGAAUCUAAUCAGAACAAUAUAUCAAAUAUUACAGAUGUAUGGGCAUGGAAUGAAACAAGAGUUAUUCGUGGUUAUUAUCCAAGAUCUAAAAUAAUAAUUCCAAAAACUUUAACAAGUAUUAAUAUAUGCAAAAGUAUACUAUGUCAAUAUUUAUGGAAAUUACAAAUUUUACCAUGGAAUAGUGCCCUAUUAGGGAAUAACAGAAUAAAUGAAAGUAUUGAGGAAGAAAAAAGUAAUAAAAUAGAUAAUAUAAAAAGGAUCUUUACAUCAUCGAUUACUUUAUUUAAUCCUAUAUAUGCAAAUAUAACAACAAUGGGUAAUAUUGCACCAAUGAGAGCAAGUUUAAAUGGUUAUGGUACACCAUGUAAUCCAAAAUGUAAAUAUUCAACAUUUUUAAAUUUUGAAGAUAAUAAAAUAGAUGAAUCAUAUAAUUGUUUUAAUAAAUGUAUAUGGUAUAAUGAAGCAUUUGCAUCAAUAUAUUAUAUAUCAAUUACUAAAAUAUUAGCAGGGGAAAAUAUUGAAGGAAUUAUUUAUUCUGUCCUUUUUAUUGGAUAUUUAACAUUACAACAUAAUAAUAUUCAAAAAUGCUUAACAAUAUGUGAUUUAAUUCAAACACAUGCACCAGAAAUUCCUAGAACACAAAUUUUAGUUUUAAUAUUAAGAAUUCAAUGCUAUCUAAGAUUAAAUAAAUUAGAGGAAGCAGAUGUUGAUAUGAAUUAUUUACAUAAAUUAACAUUUCCAGUAUAUGGUGAAAGUAAAUAUUGUCUAAUUUUAAUACAAUUACAACUCUGCUUUUCAAUGGUAUAUUAUAUAAAUAAAAAUUAUACUAAAUGUUAUGAAAGUUCUUCUAAAAUACAAAGAUUAUUAGAUGUUAUAUUAAAUGGAAUGAAUUUAUGUGAAUCAACACAUUGGAUUACCAUUAUAAAUUUAAAAUUUAUGGCAUUGUGUUCUUUAAAUUCAGGAUAUUAUGCAAGAUCAAUAGUAAUUGGUGAAAGAAUGCUUAGAUCAAUUAUAAAAAGUAAUUCUAAACAAAUAUACUCAGAAUCUAUUUGCCGUUAUAUUAUUGGUGAAGCAACAAUUCGUUCUGGUAAAUAUGAUGAUGCAGCCAAAAUUUUACUAAGUUGUAUUCCAAAACUAGAUUAUUAUAUUGGUCCUACUCAUAAAUUUACUAUAAAGUUGUUAAUGUUAUCAACAAGAUGUAGAAUUAUUACAGGUUGCCGUGAUCUUAUGUUUCCUCCUUUAAACCUUCAGGGUAGACAAAUUGAGAAUGAUGAAAAAUUUCAAAAUCAAAUGGUGGAUGGUUUAUUCCGUAUAACGAGACAAACUAAUAUACAAACAAAUAAAGGAGAAUUAUCUAAUAUGGGAGAUUGUGAUAUAUUGGAAAAUAAUAAUUUUUAUAUACAAAAUAACAUAGAUAAUAAUAAAAAUAGUGAAAAAAAUAAAAUUCACAAUAGUUAUAAUUUCAAUAUUAAUGAAAAUAAAAAAAUGAGUAAUGAUGAUGGUGAUGAUGAUGAAUCAAAUUAUCAAGGAAUUAGUUAUAUUAGACCAUAUUGGAGAAAUUUCCCUAAAAAAGUAACUUAUGAUGAUAUUUUAGUUAUGGAAAAAUCAAUAUUUGAUCAAGCUUCAGCAAAAUCUCGUGAAGAAGCAUUAAUAUUAUGUAAAACAUUAUUACAAAGAUUAUUAACAAAUAUUAGAGGUACAGGAAAUAUAAUAAAUGUUAGUAAUGAUAAAGAAAGUGAAAAUCAGAUAUGGUAUAAUCGUAUAUUAUGGGUAUUAAAACAUGAAUUAGUUAUUGCAUUGUUUUCAAUGAAUCAAAGUGAUUAUAUUGACAUUUUAUCUUCUAUUCGUACUAUAGCUAUAUCUUCAAGUGCAUCUCAAUUUGUUAAAGAUCUUACAAUAGGAAAAAUUACUGGAAAUAAAAAUAAUUUAAGUGGGUAUCAAAUAAAUAAUAAUCAAAAUGAAAAUAUUAAAAAUAAUAAACUAGAAGAUUAUAAUAAAAGAAAAUUAAGAAAUAAAGUAAGUGAAUAUAUAAAUAAAUAUAAUAUUGUUGAUAAUUUAAAUACAGGACAAGAUGAUGAUAUUGAUCAAGUAGAAUAUAUUAAUAAUUAUGGUAGUCAAGUUGAUAAUAAUAUAAUAAAUAAUCUUCAUAUUGGUGCAAGUGUGACAAUGAGUCCAAGACAAAUGGGACAUAAAUCACAAGAAAAAUCACUUUUUUGGGAAAUUCUUACAGCAGAAUCUAGGGAAUCAAUAGUAGAUAUAUGUAAUAAUAUAUAUGAGGCAAUUAUACAAAAAAAGACAAAUGGUGCAUAUGAAUGGUGUACAUCUAUUAUUCAUAGAAUAUCAACUGGUAGAGCAGAUACAAAAGAUAUCGAAACAUUGUUAAAUUUAAUUAGAUUAUUACUUUCUAAAUUCCAUAAAAAAUAUAUGAUUGAGUUAUUAUAUCCAGAAACUAGGAACAAAAGACAAGAACACUUAUUUCAAGAAACAAAUAGCAAAUGCAAAUAUAUAUAUGGAUUACAAGCUUAUAGUAAUAUUAGUAAUAAAAUUAAAAACGAUAAACUUGAAAAUACAUAUGGAAAGUCGCAAUUUAUGUCAACUAAUAAUAAUAACAAUAAUCAUAGUGAUAAUCAUAAUCAUAGUAAUAAUAAUGACAAUAAUUAUAAUAGUAAUCAUAAUAAUAUUCAUAAUAAUCAUAAUAAUAUUAAUGAACAGAAUUAUUAUGAUAAAAUUAUUAGAAAUACCCCUGAAUCAUUAGUAUUACCACACUAUGAAACUAGAAUAGCAAGUAAUUAUAUGCUUCCAAUUGAAGUUAAGAAUCAAGGGACUAUUGAUAUUAAUAAAGAUAGAAGAUGGCAGGAUCCAUAUAGAAACUACAAAUAUUUCGACAUUCCACAUAAUCAGAGACCUCCAUUAUAUAUACCAAAAAAUAUCUAG